CAGCGGCGACGAUAGCUGAAGAAUGGCCGCGAUCUAUGGGGGUGUGGAGGGGUGAGUGCUGCCCGGCGGAGGGAGCCUGGGCCCGAGGGCGGGGCGGGAAGCCAUGGGCAAGCUGGCUGGCUGCUGGCCUCGCGCCUCGGCUUCUGGCCACUUUGGAUGGCGGGGCCUUGCGAAGAAUAGGUGUGUGCACGCGCAGGGGCGCCGUGGCGCGCGCGGCCGUAUGCCUUGCGGGGACUCUGCGUGUGCCACGGCCACACCCCGGGUGGGGGGAUCCUUUGUAUUUCAUGGUGGAACCACGCCCCUUUCUCCCAUGAAAGACGCACUCGGCUGUCCUCAGUUGGAGAAGCAGCUCCUUUUCCCUAUUCCUGACUUCGGACGGAGUUUUGCAGAACAGGUGUCAGGGGAGGCACACGGUCCAAGGUCCUUUUAGUCUCAGAGGAUGGGAAGAUCCUGGCAGAAGCAGAUGGACUGAGCACAAACCACUGGCUGAUCGGGACGGACAAGUGUGUGGAGAGGAUCAAUGAGAUGGUCAGCAGGGCCAAACGGAAAGCAGGGCUGGAUCCUCUGGUACCUCUGCGAAGCCUGGGCCUAUCUCUGAGCGGUGGGGAGCAGGAGGACGCAGUGAGAAUCCUGAUCGAGGAGCUGAGGGACCGAUUUCCCUACCUGAGCGAAAGCUACUUAAUCACCACUGAUGCCGCCGGCUCCAUCGCCACAGCUACACCGGAUGGUGGAAUUGUGCUUAUCUCUGGAACAGGCUCCAACUGCAGGCUCAUCAACCCUGAUGGCUCUGAGAGUGGCUGCGGCGGCUGGGGCCAUAUGAUGGGUGAUGAGGGUUCAGCCUACUGGAUCGCACACCAAGCAGUGAAAAUAGUGUUUGACUCCAUCGACAACCUAGAGGCGGCUCCUCAUGAUAUCGGCUAUGUCAAACAGGCCAUGUUCAACUAUUUCCAGGUGCCAGAUCGGCUAGGAGUACUCACCCACCUGUAUAGGGACUUUGAUAAAUGCAGAUUUGCUGGGUUUUGCCGGAAAAUUGCAGAAGGUGCUCAGCAGGGAGACCCCCUUUCCCGCUAUAUCUUCAGGAAGGCUGGGGAGAUGCUGGGCAGACACGUCGUAGCAGUGUUGCCUGAGAUUGACCCGGUCUUGUUCCAGGGCGAGAUUGGCCUCCCCAUCCUGUGUGUGGGCUCUGUGUGGAAGAGUUGGGAACUGCUGAAGGAAGGUUUUCUUUCGGCGCUGACCCAGGGCAGAGAGAUCCAGGCUCAGAACUAUUUUUCCAGCUUUACCCUGAUGAAGCUGAAGUACUCCUCCGCUCUGGGUGGGGCCAGCCUAGGGGCCAGGCACGUCGGGCACCACCUCCCCAUGGACUAUAGCGUCAAUGCCAUUGCCUUCUAUUCCUACACCUUUUCCUAGGGGCCUGGUCCCAGCUCCACCCACUCCAAGCUCAGUAGAUACUGGGUUUGGAAGGAAGGAGUCUUUUGCUUCCUUUUUCCUUUUUACAAAAACACACAUGGAAGAAAAUAAAAGCACUUUAUCCACUCCCCAA